AGAGACCCUAUUAGAAACCCCCAAAGUUACUGAAAACCCUAAUUCAUCAUCUGAACACGAGCAACCUCUUCCUUAUUAUAUUGAGUAUUCAAUCUCGAGUUUCGUCCUGAACCCUAAUUCGUCCGACUCAAUCAAACGUAAUCCGAGAUGAAGUUGUUUGAUGAUGUUGAAAAUGACGAUAUCGAAGAUUUAUCGAAAAUUGAAGUCAACAAAGAAUUUGCAAAGCGAUAUGAGCAUAAUAAGAAGAGAGAAGAUUUACAGAGGCUUGAAGAAAUGAAGAAGAAAGGACUCGUCAAUGAUUCAGAUUCAGAUUCCGAUUCAGAAACUGAUUCUGACUCGGAUGUAGACGAUGAUGUGAAAAAUAGGAAGAAAGAGGUUAAAUUCUUUGAAGCAUUGUUGAAAGUUAGGAAUAAGGAUCCGAUUCUGCAGGAAAAAGACGCGAAAUUGUUUGAAAGUAGUAGUGAUGAAGACGAUGAGGAGGAGGAUGAGAGGAAAGAGAGGAGGAAGAAGCCGAAGUAUUUGAAGGAUGUGAUUGCGCAGCAAUUGAUUGAGAAAGGUCCGGAAUUUGAAUGUGAAGAAGACGAUGAAGAGAAGAAGGUGAAGAGUUAUGCUGAGGAACAAGAGGAUCUGAGGAUGGAAGUUUUGGAUGCAAUGGCGGAGGCAGAGAGAGAAAAUGAAGUCGAUGGAGACGAGUUUAUGAAGGCGAAAGAUCGAGAUGAGGAGGAUGAAGGCAAAGGCGAAGAUGAUGAGAAGGUGAAAAUGAUGUUGGAUAAGGUUUUUGGUGAGGAUGAGAAAUUAGAUGAAAAUGAUAUGUUUUUGAAGGAUUUUUUUCAGAAUACAAUGUGGAUUGAUAAAGAAAAGAGGAAAAAUAAGCUGAUUGAUGAUGAUGAUGGUGAUGAUCUUGCUGAAUUAUCUGAUGAUGAAGAUGCAAUUGAGAAGCAAGAAGAUUAUGAAAGGGAUUACAAUUUUAGAUUUGAGGAGAAUGCAAGUGAUCGAGUUUUAGGGCACUCGAGGAUUGUGGUGGGUUCGGUGAGGAAGGAAACAAAUGCUCGAAAGCAGCAAAGGGAGAGGAAGAAGGAGAGGGAGGUGCUAGCGGAGUUGGAAAGGCAAGAGGAGGUUAAGAGGUUGAAGAAUUUGAAGAGGAAGGAGAUUCAAGAGAAGCUUAAUAGGAUUAAGGCCGUCGCGGGUAUUGAUGAGGAUUGUAUUCCAUUGAAUGAGGAUGAUUUGGAGGAAGAUUUCGACCCGGAGAAGUUUGAUAAGAAGAUGAGUGCUGCAUUUGGGGAGAGUUAUUAUAAAGCAGAUGAUGUUGACCCUGAAUUUGGGAGUGAUAGUGAGAGUGAUAUGGAAAAGCCGGAUUUUGAUAAGGAAGAUGAGUUGCUUGGAUUGCCAAAAGAUUGGGAUGUGACUAAAUCAAGUGAUGGGUUUUUGGCUGAAUGGGAGAAGAUUAAGAAAGGAAACAUGGAGAAUGGAGAUGAUGAAGUGGUAGAUGAGGGUAAGAAAAAGAGGAAGAGAAAGAAGUCUGCCAUUAAGGAAGUUCUUGAUAAGGAGCUUGAAGAAGAGCUUUACAAGCUUGAUUAUGAAGAUACAAUCGGAGAUUUGAAAACUCGGUUUAAGUAUAGGGAAGUUAAACCCGCGAAAUAUGGAUUGUCAGCUGCUGAUAUCUUGAUGUUUGAUGAGAAGGAGUUGAAUCAAUACGUUUCGUUGAAAAAGCUUGCUCCUUAUAGGGAGAAGGAAUGGAAGGUGCCUCUGUCUAUGAAACAGUGGUUGUUUCAUGGAGCUCUUAGUGGUAAGACGAAUCAAAGGAAGGGGAAGAGAAAGGAUGGUGAAGGUGUUGGUGCAACAAGUAGUGGUAAGGAAUCCAUGGAAGUUGUGAAAGCACAAGAGGGGCAAAGUGUUGAUGAGAGCAAGUUGUCUCGAGCAGCCAGAAGGAGACGUCGCAUAAAGGAGAAGAAGUUGCCUGAAAAUCGGCUCAUUGCAUAUGGGAAAAUGCCUGCUAAUUCUAAGAAGUCAAAGAGUUGAUGUUGUCAUCAUGGUCUGCUAGCAUAGGGGGAUUCUGGUUUUUGUAUUAGAGAAUUGCAGCAGAUGAUCAGCAAACCAUCAAGUAUUUUCUCCCUGAGAAAAUGUCGUGCGUAUUUUGUAUCAGUUGCUUUGAGCACCGAGCGCAGGCUGCUGAAAGUCAUCUGAAGAAAUGUGUACUUGCACCAGAAUUUCAUUGAUGUUCUUUAUGGUCAUCUUCUUUUUUGGGUUUUUUAUUAUCUGAUUAUUAUCAUUCUUAAUUUUGUAAAUCAGCUCUUACAAGUUUAUGGAUCGCGAUCACUAAUGGUGAGCAGAAAAUUUUGACAAA